GGCAAUGGAGAAGAUUGAGUUGAGAAACAGAACAUUCACGCGUUGGCUCAUUAAGUGCGGCCGUCAGAGGAGGCAGCUGUUGUUGAGAGAGCUGCGUUCAGAUUUAGUGAAAAACGGAUUUCCCAAAGUGCAGCUAAGGAAGGCAUUAAGACAGCUUGCACAACAAACUGUUGUAAGUUUGGAGCGUCUUACCAACAGAGAGAUAGAUCUCCACACAAAAAGGAGAGUCACAAGUGACAGUGAUUACUAUGCAAGUUACACGCAAAAACAUUACAAAAAAUGUUAUACAAGCAGCGAAUGUAAUAAGCCUAAAGAAAAUAUGAAUGAAGAAAAACAUAAACAUGAAAAAGAUCAAGAAUGUGCAACGUAUAACCAUUUACCAAUCAAAACUGUAAAUAGUCUCAAGAGGAGAUGUGAAGGAUCUCAUCAUACGGUAGAAAAAUCUAUAGGGAGGGCAAAGUUCAAGAAGUUUAAGGACAGGACAGAGACAGAGUUGCACAAAUAUGAAAAAUCCACACACUUUACAACAGAGCAGUAUUUUUUUGACAAAACCAAUAUUAAAAAUAUGGAAAAAUAUGGUGACAGUAAAGGUGAAACUGCAAAGAAUGACUCUAUAUUGCAGCUAACAAAGGAGAGACCUGACUCUUUUGCUGGAAAGAGAACAUCUGAUGCUAGUUGUAAUAUUGGGAGAGACUGCAGCUUUACAGAAGAAAAGCAGAAGAAGAACAGUUAUCAGGAUAAAGCCAGAUUUCCUGUCGACUCAGUAAAUAACAUACACACUUCCAAGGCUACUGUGCAGAUGACAGAAUAUCCAAGCAGCAAGAACUGUCAUGAUGUUGGACGUACAAUGCUGAAACCAGAUGUGUCUAAAGUUUUAAAGGAAACCAGUGUAAAUGAACAAACUAUUGCAACUGCAGCAUCCACACCAGAAAUUAUUAAAGGAAUACUCUCAAGAGAUGUAAGCAUGGCACAGCAGUGUCAUGAGAGUGACUUGUUGUGUGAUCUGACUAGUACAUCAAGUAUUGUGGCCAAAAAAUCUGUGAAUAUGUGCAGUAGUGCAGAAUUUUUAACAAGCAGUAAAAAAAAUAAAUCCUCAGAACAAAUGCUCUCUCUGCCUUUGGGAACUUUUCGUCAAGAGAUUAGGACAUCUCCAAACUUACGUGAAGAUGGGGACAGUUCAUCUUCCCAUGAUAAUGUUAAUGCAAGGAGAUCAAAUGACACAAAAAUGGAACAACCUGUUGCGCUUCCUGUAUCUAUUGAUUUGAAAGUUAUGGCAAAUAAGGUUGAGUCUCUUACAGCUGUAACAGAGCAAAAAAAUGGUGCCGUUGUAACUUCCACUAUUGAAUCAAUGAAAGGAAAUUCUUGCACACUUUCUAAUAAACUUAGUACUGACUGUGAUGAUACAGAUAUAUGCAAGUCUUCUUCAAAAACUUCCGUUAAUGAACAAAUAUCGUGUAGAAAUGUGCAAGAAUUGAGUGAGAAUGAAAUGGAGGACCAAGAGAGCAUUGAACGAAGUUUGAAACUAGAAUCAGGGGUUGAGUGUGACAGAGAUAAUCCGCAAAAUGUAGUAUGUGUUCCCUUUAUGUUUGAAAAUAACAACUCUAUUCAAACACAAGGUUCUCAGUUGUGUGAACAUCCAAACAACAUUCAUGGCAGUGCCAAGUUCAAUCACAGUACUACUGAGGAUCACAGUAAAAUGUUAACCAAGGUAGAGUUGGCAUCCUCGUCAACACUUGCUAAAUGUGACACCUCAGCCAAAGACAAUCUCUCUUUCCACUCAGCAUCCCGCACCCAGCUUGUAAAACCAUCAUCAGCAAAUGAUAAAGAUGUUGCUGUCUACAGGAAUAACAAAUUCAGGCUGUCACUUGAGAACAAAGUUAAUGAUUCUGCCACCAGUGAAUUGAAAGACAAUAUUAAGAGUAGUGCGGAAUCUGAAAUAACAUCUCCUGCAUCCUCUACCACAAAAACUUUUGUUGAAAAACAGGAUAAAAUGUCUCAAUCACUGUUCAGUGGAAGUACCAACAACCAGUCUGGACAUGCUACAACAAAGAGAGAAAAUAAUUCACCAGAUGGUUUUGUGAAUCCACAAAUUAGUGAUACUGUGCAUGAUAUAAAAGUGCAGAAUAAGACUAGCUGUUUAACUGUUCAGAGAAAUACAGCUAGAAGCCCAGAAACAAAAGAACAGUUCAGGUUGACACCUGUCUGCAGACAAAUACCUCAUGACAGUGGCAGCUCUACGGGUAAGCAAGGUAGUAACGCUGAAAACGGCAACAAGAAAGAAUGUACUGUGCCGUUAGAACCAUCUAUUUCUAUAGAGGCAGUAGAUCAACACAGGAAUAAUGGAGAGAGUAGUGAGUGUGAAUUUGUGUUAACUAAAGACCACAGUGUGAAGCACACGUCAAGCAAAACAAAAACGGCUGGAAAAACUGAAGCAGAAACCUUGCUAAAACGUCCAUAUAUACACGAAGAGCGUGAAACAGAUAGCCAAGGAAAAUGCUUCAAAGAACAAUCAAGGGCUCCUGAGUCAUUUAAAAGGAAAUUGAAGUUGAGUCAGAAGUUUGAAGAGCUUUUUGGUGCUGAUGAAUGUGAGGCUGACAGUAUCACUGGUGAACAGAAAAAUGGCCAAAAAAUGUGUAAAACAAAAAAUAUUUCAGAAGUUAGUAAAGAAAUCCCUCAGAUUGGAAACAAGUCGACUGCUUUACACACCACAAAGCAAUUGCCUGGAGAAGCACAAAGAAAAUUACUACCUUCCAACAGAGGCAUCAGAGUUGCUAAAAAAUCUCCAUUGUUCCUUUGUAAUAAAACUAGAACUAUUUGUAAAGGUCAGCCUAUAGGUUUUGUGUCAAAAGUUAAAUUGAGCCAAAGAAAGGAACAAUCUUUGGUAAAUGGAAUUGCAAAAAGAGGCAGCAGUGAAGAAACUGUUGCUGGAAAGAGUCAAGAUUCAGAGCGAAGUCAAUCUGCUAAAGAGAAAGUUAUGCAGAACUGGUUUUCCGAUGCAACCAAUCCACCUGCAUGUUCCAAGAGCAGACUUAUGACAAAAGAUACAGCAGUUAAUCCUCAUAAUAUACCUUGGCUGUUGAAGGAAGUUGAUUUACCUAAUGUAUCUAUUAAAUCAAGAAAACACUAUUUCAGACAGAGCAGUGUAGAACCCCACAAGCCAGUAGUGGCUAAAGUGGGAUUGCAUAAGAGAAAUUCCUUUCCUCCCAUGCCAAAUAAUAAGCAUGCUGGUACGGAUGAACAGACUUUUGUCAGGGAAGAUAUUUUUUCUUCACCAGUAAAAGUACACCAUCGUUCAGACACUGAACUUAGUGGAAUGAAUGUGAAUGAUAAGCCAGAAAGACGAAUUGAAUCUUGUGAGUCAUUGUUGAGUUUAGAAACCAGUAACGUGUGUGAGGAAAUUGGAGCACUUAAAAAUGCUGAAGGAGAAAGAGAUAUUUGUACAUUCAGUGAAAAAGAUGUGUUACCAGAUUCACAUAAAAUUUCACCUAGCAAUGAGAAAGUAGAAAUUGAAAAUGGGGAAGUGUUCCUUACUUCCAUAUUUGUUAAGGAUGAAGAAAAAGUUCUUGAUCAAAAUGAAGAACUUGUAGCUGAACCACUCUGUGCAGAUAUUUCAGACAUAGAUGAAAAAACACUUCAGUGCAAUAAUCUGGACACAUCAGAUGCACAAUGUUGCAUUAAAGAAGAGUUCAGUUCUGUAGAGUCUUUCCCUGAGUUGAAGUCUGUGAGCCUUACGUUACCAAAUUGUGGGCAUUCAGAUGCUGAAACAGAGACUGGAAGUAGCCCAAAUUUCUCUCUUCCAAAAUUGGAUCCUGUGAACUCAAGCUUUGGAAGCAGAAAUGACACGAAAACUAUAGAAUCUACCCCAUUAGAAGGCGGCAGCUCUUGUGCUCUUGUAGUGGGGUGCGGUAACAACUUGGAGUCUCCUGAGAAAGGUAGUGCAGAGAAGGAGAUUAUGGAAACUAGGAAAGAAAGGACUAAAACUGAAAGGCUGUGCUCAGAAAUUGUGCACACCAACGAAAGCGGAAUGAGUGUCAGCACAAAGGAAACCGGACAGACAUCACUUGCAGGACCAGAAGUUAAUUCAGUCAUUCGCACUGGGAACAAAGAACAGGGACCAAAAGAAUUAAGUGCUGUAAUUACUGAGGAAGAGAGGAGGGACAUUGGUACUUUGAAAGGGAAAGUAAAUAAUUUUUCAAAUGAAGCUAGUAGCAAAGCCAGAAAAGAAAACCUUAGAGUGAUACAUAACGCAACAGGAAAUGAAUCGGGCAUAAAUAAGAAUAAACAAGAAAAUCUUAGAAGCGAGUUGCAGCUAGGAGAAAACAGGCUGCAACAUGAUGAUGCAGGAGCUAUACCUAAUAUUACUAUGGCCGACUGUUCUCCCUCACUUAAGAUAAAAAUUGGGUCAAUAAGAGUGAAAGAUCCACUGAGCUUAGGGAUUGGUUGUAAACUUUCUGAAUCUGAUGCUGCUACACAUCUAAUAGAAAAUUCUGUGAAAUCGUUCCCUACACAAAUUGAGAAUGAAUUCACUGAUUUAGCUAGUCUGUUUGUUACUGGCUUUAUGGAUAUUGACAGGUACAAGGCUCGGAUGAACGAUGCUGAAAAGCUGCCUGAAACAUCAAGAGAUAUUGAGCUCACAUGUGCCAGAACAGAUUUUGUACAUUCUGUGAGAUCAAAAUGCAGGGUUGUGGUAAAUAAGGUAAAAUUUUUGAAGUUUUUUUUUCCUGAUAAAUUUGAAGAAGUUUUGCAUGCUUUUGUCAAUAAAAGAUGGCAGUGUACGACUCAAGAAUUAGCUGAGUUGUACCAAAGAUUCCUUAAAGAGCAAUCAAAGAACCUCAGUGUGGGCACUGAAAAAAGUUCUUAUACACAGAGUGAGAAAACAAAAGUUAUUGUGAACAUUGAAGGCGGAAAUGAUGCACCUUUUGAAUCACAAUCAUUUGUGUGUGAAGUUCAGAAUUCUCAGAAGCAUUACAGCAAAACCGCCACAGCCGAAAAUGUAGGUAGAGAUGAAGAAACUACAGAAGUUUGUAUUCAGUCUGGUAAAAACUCUUGGGAGAGAACUUCCUUCACAAUUCCUAGUGUGAAUAGGCAUGGAUACCGACAUAGUGUUACAGAAAUGUCACCAAAUGUGAAUGUUCUAUCCCAGCAAAGCAAUGUUGUUGGAGGUAGUUCAGACUACAAUUUAACCAUACACCAGAAAGUGUUAGGAACUGAUAACUUAACCACAGAUACUUCACAGGUUGGUUCACAGUCUAUAAAUAAACCAAGUGAAGAACUGAAUGAUGCAGUAAACGGUUACCACAGCUGUAACAGUGGACAGGGAACCUCGAACAAUGUUAACGAAGGGAUUAAUUCAAGUUUACAGCCAGUUAUGAUGACCAGUGAUACAAGUUUGCAUGCAAAAAAUACAAAUGCGAGUGACAUUGUGUCUUCACAGACUGAAAGACAGGUUACCAUGCCAACCACAAGAUCAAGGCAUAAUUACUCUGUCAAAGAGACUUCAUCAUGUACCUCAAGUUUAAAUGACAAUGGGUUAAUGAGAGCUCACAGAUACCAUACAACUCAACACCAGCCAGCAUCUAUACAGUCACUUCAGUCGCUAAUUGAGCAGAUGCCUGCAAGUCAAAGACAGAUCAGACACAACGUUUCAGAACGUGCACAAGUUGGGAUCCUUUCUCAAGAUCAAAAUCGGCUAAGUUUCCCACCUUUGAGCCAGCCACAGCACGGGUGCCCCACUCCGGGCCAGCCGCAGCACGGGUGCCCCGCUCCGGGCCAGCCGCAGCACGGGUGCCCCGCUCCGGGCCAGCCGCAGCACGGGUGCCCCGCUCCGGGCCAGCCGCAGCACGGGUGCCCCGCUCCGGGCCAGCCGCAGCACGGGUGCCCCGCUCCGGGCCAGCCGCAGCACGGGUGCCCCGCUCCGGGCCAGCCGCAGCACGGGUGCCCCGCUCCGGGCCAGCCGCAGCACGGGUGCCCCGCUCCGGGCCAGCCGCAGCACGGGUGCCCCGCUCCGGGCCAGCCGCAGCACGGGUGCCCCGCUCCGGGCCAGCCGCAGCACGGGUGCCCCGCUCUGGGCCAGCCGCAGCACGGGUGCCCCGCUCCGGGCCAGCCGCAGCACGGGUGCCCCGCUCCGGGCCAGCCGCAGCACGGGUGCGCCGCUCCGGGCCAGCCGCAGCACGGGUGCCCCGCUCCGGGCCAGCCGCAGCACGGGUGCCCCGCUCCGGGCCAGCCGCAGCACGGGUGCCCCGCUCCGGGCCAGCCGCAGCACGGGUGCCCCGCUCCGGGCCAGCCGCAGCACGGGUGCCCCGCUCCGGGCCAGCCGCAGCACGGGUGCCCCGCUCCGGGCCAGCCGCAGCACGGGUGCCCCGCUCCGGGCCAGCCGCAGCACGGGUGCCCCGCUCCGGGCCAGCCGCAGCACGGGUGCCCCGCUCCGGGCCAGCCGCAGCACGGGUGCCCCGCUCCGGGCCAGCCGCAGCACGGGUGCCCCGCUCCGGGCCAGCCGCAGCACGGGUGCCCCGCUCCGGGCCAGCCGCAGCACGGGUGCCCCGCUCCGGGCCAGCCGCAGCACGGGUGCCCCGCUCCGGGCCAGCCGCAGCACGGGUGCCCCGCUCCGGGCCAGCCGCAGCACGGGUGCCCCGCUCCGGGCCAGCCGCAGCACGGGUGCCCACCUCAGCGCAGGGCCCCACUGCCAGGCUACCUACAGCACGGGUGCACCCCUACAAGCCAGCAGCAACACAUUAAUGUGACUUCUGGACAACUUCAACGUGGCCAAAUUUCUUCAAAAUCAAAAUCAGUUUUGAUCAGGUACCUGAGCCACCCGAAAGGUGGUGCCCUGCCUUUAAAUCCAAGCCAGUUGCAAGAGGGGCGCAUGCUUCCAUACACGAGCCAGCCACAGGUGGGUUGCAGGCCUUCAUACCCGAGCCAGGCGCAAGCAAGACUGCUCCCUUCAUACCAGAACAGAGGGCAGAUGGAACAGCUGCUUCUGAAACAGAUCCCGCAGCAAGACAGCUACUUGCGUUCGAACCAUUGUCAACUGCCUUCCUAUCAAACACAGCAGCAAUAUGGAAGUCUGCUUUCAAGUCAAAUUCAUACAAUGCCUAACCACAUCACUCAGGGCCAGGCUGUAAAUGGACACCAAUCUUCAAAUCAGAGCUUGCGUUCAAGUCAGAAUCUUUCCAAAACUGGAAACGUACCUGCAAAUCAGAGUCAGACGCAUUGGGCGCAUGUGUCUUUGAACUCAAACUCUGUCCGAGCUGGAUAUAUGCCUUUGAAACAGCCUCAGGUUGGGAGUAUACCUGCAAAUGUAAAUCAGCCUCACUUUGAGUCUUCACAUGUGAGGGAUUUACAGGUCAAGCGAGGCUGUCAAAUACCUGCAUAUGUGAGUCAGUUGCAGACUGGACACCAAACUGCAGGUCAAGAAAAUUUGAACCAUCAACAACUAAACCGAACAUUCCAGCAAAUGUCACACAGUACUACACAAGCUAGUCAAGUGUCUCCUGUUCAUACGCAAGCCACUCAGAUGAUACACCAACGAAAGCUUCGCCAAAUAGCUCAUAAUUUUGAGCAAACUCGGAGUAUGGUAGCGACUGUGCCACAGGGUGUACAGUUACCACCCUACACAGUUCAUGUGAGCCAAGUUCCUGCUAAUCCCACAAAUACAGCAGUUAUGGGACACAUGACUGCAAAUUGUGGAAUGACAGGUCUUGUUCUCUCACAACAGAUUGCAGCUGUUCCCUCUUCUUCGAAAGUACUGGCUGGUUUAUGUUUUUCUGGUGCACAGUCUGUCACUGUUCAGAGUGGAACAACCAGCACGACUCUCAUUAGUACUCAUCAGAAUACAUUUCAGAGUGCACCAAAUGUUAAUUCUAUAAGGAGACAAGGCAGUAGUCACUCGGAAGGAAGAAUUGGGUAUCAAGGAACAGAGACGUCAUUACCUUCAUAUAUGUCUUCAAGUGUUGAAGAUCAAGGUAACCAUUUGUCAUGCCUAGCUGUAGGGCAGGAUUGUGGAGUGAAAGAAACACAGUCAGCAGAUGAAAAUAGGAGCUUUGCAAAUUUACCAGCACUUGGUAGACAAACAGAAAACCAGCAAGAUGUUAGACUACAGUGUAUUGAGCACCAGAGUAACAAAACCUCUUCUGUUAUCCAGAACAAUAGAGCCUCAAAUAGCAGAUCACAACAGAAAAUUACAUCUACUUCUCAUGUUAAUGUAAUAGGUGGAAGUCAACAGACAAUACCUUCAGGAACCCAGGGAACUGGAAGCCAUGGAAGCACUGUAUCAUCUGCAAAAAUCAUAACUGCUGAACCUCAGAGUGCUGAAGUUAUUUUUCCACGAGCUGCAGAUAGUAAUGGUGUGAAUUCACAGGUACAGAAGCCAUAUAGAACAGCUGCUGUGUGUGAAAUACCAAACAGUUCACGGCCAGUCAUUUGUAACACGAUGUCACAGAACAGUGUGGCAGGGUCUUCUGGAGAAUGUUCACACCAACAGGUCCAUAUCUCAAGACGACACCCUAAUAUUUUAAGUAUGCAAUCUACAAAUCCAAAGGAUCCGUCAUCCCAUGUUAGUACUUCUGCAAAACAAAGUGGCAUGCUUUAUGUAACAAGUUCUGAAAAUAAUGAAGUUCCUACUAAUAGUUCUGUUCCUAGUCUACAGAAAGCUGCUACAUCACAGUCACAGUUGGUAUUUAGAACUCUGGGAAUUUUGGGACGUGGAAGUUCUGAUCCUGCAGUGUCAGUGUCAAGUACAGAUUCUUUGGAGAGAGACACUCUGGUUACUAGUGCAGAUAAGGACCAGCAUGCAUCCCGUGUAAAGCUACCACAGACUGUUGUUUCUAAUAAUGCUAAGGAUAGCUCUCCAUCCGUGAGAGCAGAAGCAGAUAAAUUAUCACAGCAGAUUUAUACUGACACGAUAGCUACAUCUGCAUCAACUCGAACGGAUAUAAUUAAGAGUGGAAGUACUUCAUGUCCGGCUGUUAGCCCACGUGCUUCAGUUCCACAUGAUCAUGCACCUCAUUCACAUUCAGUAUGUGUUAGUAGUAAUGCAGAUUCAGCAAAUGAAGGCAACCUGUUACAUUCUGUAGAACACCCUGAUGUGCUUAAUGUUUCACGUGCAACAGGUGUAAAACCAAGUAUACCACCAUUGACUCAGUGUGAUAGACAUACAGGACAGAGUCCUGUUACUGUGAAAGACACAAACACCUCUUCCACAAGUUACAACAGCAGUUGUUUACUGCAACCUGCAAAUGAGGAAAAUACUGAAAUAUGCCACAAUUUUCAGGCAAGUGCUGUGCAAAUGAAAAUCCCAGUAUCAUCUAGUGACAUUUCAUAUUCUCCACAGUUAUUUGGUGGCUGUAAAACACAAUCUAAUCAUGAGAAGGCAUCUAUCCCCAACAGUGUAACAUGCAACAAUGUCAGUCUCAGUUCUGGAGCUUCGUCCUCUAUCGGUCCACCAAUAAUGAACUGUAAAAACAAUACAUACUUGGAAAAAUUGAGUGGUGCACAUGCAAUGACGAGCUGUAUUGCCUCUGUAAAUAUUGUUUCAAUUUCUGCUGCUAAGACCGUGUCUUCUGGGAAUAGUAUGGACACAAACAAUUCUUCUAUAACUGAAAAACAAGGGAAUGCAUCUUCAGCUGUUAUUAGUUCAAAAGAGGCGGAGAGCUGUAAGAAUUUGUCACAUCAGCCAGAGAGGACACAGAAGAUACAGGGAAACACCCCCGGUGAGUCAAAAACAGCCGAUGGUGCCAAUGGAAACAUGUCCACUGUGAGGGUAGAGACUAUUUCUAACACUGGUGCCAAUAAAAGUGUUGCUCCUAAGACAGAUGAGGUAGUCCAGGAAAGCAAGAAACAGAUGAGUGAGAUUUUUGACAGUGACUACUUUCCAGCAGCAAAUGCUGUGCAGCUUAAGCAUAUCUUAACUUCUGGAAGUAUGUCUAAUGUGACAGAUGAUAUGGAAGAGAUGGAUGUCAAAGAAUUUGUAGAAAGUGAUCUUUCAGUUAAUUCAGAAAUGUCCUUAAAACUAAUGUCUCGAGUUUGCUUUGACAACAAGAAAGAGCUCACCUCAGAUUCAGCAUAUUUAGAAAUUAUGGACGGGAGGAACCAGUGUGCUCAAACUGUUUCAGCUGGUGUGAAUAUUGUCAACAAAAAAAAUAAUGUGCCUUUAGAGAAGAAAAGUGGAGUGAACAUUGAUACACCUGCAGUGAAAGGGUCUGCUGUUUCUGAAGAUACUGCUUUGAAUUGUGCCACCAAGGCAGUGUCUCCUGGAUAUGAUGCAGAUGGAGAGAAUUCAUUCUUAACUGAAAAAAGAGAGAACACGAUGUCAAAAUUAAGAAGUCCUUGUAUUGUUAGCUCUAGACAGUCACAGAGUUCUGAUUUGGAUAAUUCAGAGUCCGAAAUAACAGUUGUAAACUGUUUGUCUGAAGAUGAUGAUAUUGAGAUCAUUGAAGAUUGUAGUCCUGUACAGUUCCUAGGCUACAAAUUUGCAAAAGUUGGAGUAGCCACAAAAACAACUUCACGGAGCCAACAUAUCAGUGGUGUAGCUCCUGCAGACUCAUUUACCAAACAUAUCUCUUCAAAAUCUGAAGACAUCAGUUGUGUCAAUGAGACACAAGAAGCAGUUGGUGACAAUACUUCAGCAAAGACUGGAAGCAAAGAUACGAAUAAUGAAACUUCAGAGUCACAAUGUCUCAAAAUAGUAUCUGUUGUAUCGCUGACGUCAGAAGCUAUGGAGGAAAGUGAAAUCCAGUGGCCAUCAUCCCCAGAGCCAAGAACAGUCUCUAGAGACAGUGGAUAUACGACACCAUCAGAAGGGGCAGUUCAUGAUGCUCAGGAGAUUCACAUUGAUGGUGAUGUUCAUUGUGCCUUCUGUGACAACACAGCACAAAUUUUAUGUACUGGGUGUUACAUUACAUGUUACUGCAGUGCUGAUUGCCAGGCAAGGCACUGGCGAGAAGUCCAUUAUGAAGAAUGCAAACAACAAAAUGCUGUUGGAAACAAUCAAGCUCAUUGAUGCAGAGUGAGGAAAAUAAUUUUGUGUACUAAAUUCUACUAUGACAGCAGUGAUCUCUCAUUGCACUUCAUAACUUACACUGCCAUAAUUUUUUUUUUUAAGUCUGAGAAAUGAAAACAUUUUUUAUUGUACUGAUUUAGGAUUAUUUCAUACAGAUAUUGGAAAUGAUUGACUGUGUUGGCAGUUAAGGCCUGUAGCAUAAAAAAAGGAUUCUUUUAAAGGCCAUUAAUAUGUGUUAUGGUAUUGUAUCUGGGAGAAUACCUAUGACUCCCAUAAAAUGAUUUUCUAGAGAACUAAUAUGUGAAAGAGUGUCCUGCUGUUUCAUAUGCAAGAGAGAGAAAAUGACACAUCGUAUUCAGCUGUUGAAGAUAUUUAAUGUACAAAAUUUUUAUUUUACUAACAUUAUACUGUGUUUUUGUAAGUAUUGUAAAAAAUUGUUAGUAAUUGCCAAAGAUUAAAGUACAGAAGUCUUUCAGUAUUUGUUUUUAUGAUACCACUAGUGCUCAACAUGUUGUUUUUGGUUAUGUGUUUGAUGGAGGAGGGGGUAUGGGAACUGGAGAAAUGGAAAAUGGGGGAAGGGGGUGUCACAUAUGGAGUCUUCGUUUUUCAGUUAUCACUUAGUUUUUAGUGAUCCGGAUGAAUAAAAAUUGUAAGCGUGGUACAGAACAAAUCUUACAUUUUGGAACAGUUCAGAUACUAUAUAGCAGUUUUGUAGUUACAACCUUUGCCAAACACUGGCACACAGUUUUUAAUCAGUAUGUAUGUUUCAGUAGUAUUGUGUCAAAAUAAUACUUGGUUUGUUAAUCAGGGCAGAAACAGAAUGAAAUGUCAUAUUUCUAUCUACUUUUGUAAUAUUGAAUAGUGGUGAUUGAACAAGACAAGUUCGAGGCUUAACUUAACUCAUCACCUUUGAUGUUCUGCUGUUUGCAAUUGUUUGUAGUUAACUCCAUGUGGUGUGUAAAAUUUGGGUUUGGAGUGUGAACAUUCCUCCCUUCCCCCUUCUCCAGUACUGAAAAUUAGUUUUCUACUGUUUACCUUUGAAGAAAUAAUGACAGCUCAAAGAAUAUCAGUUUCUGACUUCCUUCAUUGAAAUUUUCUGCUGCUUCUAUGUUUAAAAUUUAUAUACUCAUGUUUUGCUCAUAUUAUAGUGUUUAUUUUACUUGUUAACGUCGCAGGAGCUUCAAAUGCUGUUUUUUUUGUAAAUAAUUAUGUUGUUUUGUUCUAUCUUUUGCACAUUUAUUACAAGACUGAAUUAUUUUGAAUGUUUGCUGUGUGUGUGUGUGUGUGUGUGUGUGUUUGUUUGUUUGUUUGUUUGUUUCGUAUCUGUUGCUCAAUAUUGAGAGUAGUAGGAUAAGAUUUACACUUAAAUGUAAAGAUCAAACUGGUGUAAAUAUAGUUAAAUGAUUUUGUGGACAUUGGUGCAAACGCUCUGAUUUACUUUUGAAUACAAUUUUCUGAAUCUUAGGCAAUGAAAAGGUAUUAAAAUGUUAUGUACAUGUACCAGAAAUGUAAAGUUGCUUUAGUAUCCCUCUCCCAUUUUUUUAGAACUAAUUUAGAGUUUGUUUAUAUAUUUAGUAGACAUUAUUGAAACUGACAUUACAGAGCAAAAACAGAUUGUGUUAUUCGACAAAGUUUUAGUCCUAACCUUUCUUAAAGUUAAUAAAAAUUUAGCUGAUGUGUGUUAUUAAAUACAGAGGGUGUGGGAAGUAAUCUCUUUGUUACCCUUCCAUUUGUUUCUGCUAAUUUUUAAUAUGUUGUUAAGCUUUCAUUUUUCAAAUUGCUUUAACUACUUGUACAAAAUUGUUCACAGUAUUUUACUUUUUUAUUUAAAGCAACUGUUUUCAUUCUGUGUUGAGCAAAAACAGUUUUCCUUACCCAAGUAGUUGCUUGGAUAAAAUGCAGACGAAUACAUUUAUUUUUGUGCUGUUUCAUAUAUCUGCAUUGUUAUAUUUGCAAAUUGCAUAGAUCAUUUGUCAUUUCAAAAUGCUUUAAUAACACACUUUGUUAUUAGUGAUACUUGAAAUUGAUAGCUCUGUAUUUUUAAUUUUUUAAGAAGAAACUAGCCCAAUUUUGUACUUAAUAUUUUCCACAUGUAGAUAUAAAAGGCCUCCAGUGAUGUAAUUUCUGUUCCCUUUGUUGUUGGGAUGUGAGGUUGUAAUAAAGGUGGGAGCUGAUGUAUGAUGGACAUCUUCAUCACAUUUACUGGUUUCAGAAAUAAGUAUUUGUGUUUCACGUACAUUUAAUAUGACAACUUAUUAAUUUACCUUUCAUUGUUACCUUCGUCAGUCAAAUGCCUGUAGUCUUCUUAUUCUGUGCUAUGCAUAAUUCAGUUGUUGGCAGAAAUUACUUCCCUUAACUUCAUAAACCUUCUAGGCUUGUGUAGUUUAGCAGUUACUGCUUCCUAUGCCUAAGCCACAGAUCUACUGUCACCUUCCUGUUCAUAACUCAUUAACAGUAAAUUGUAACAGAAAGUUAAGGGAAGCAUAAGUGAGUCACUCACUGCUGAAACAGAGUGAAUGUUGUGAAGUGGUCAGGCAUAUGAAAGUCCAAUGAUAAAAGUUCAGCUGUUGAAGUUGCAUUGGACAUGGCUUAUGGAUGGGGACACACACACACACACACACACACACACACACACACACACACACACACACACACCCACCCACACCCCUACACACCUACCUACCUACCUACCUACUUUUUCCACUGUUUAAUUGUAUUUACCAUAAAAUUGUUUUUCAUUACAUCAUUGGUGUCUGUAGGUGUCAUACUGCCUCAAGCUUCUCUUCUUCACAUCUAUCGACACGAGGUUUUGACUAUAGUUAACUCUGAAAUCACUCUCUUCUGUAUGUUAAUCUUUAUUCCCCUAACUUAAUGACUUCUUGAAGUGUCUGCACCAUCUACUUCAUAGACAGCAUUUGUUGUGCCAUUGGCCUGUAUUUAGAAAUAGCAGUUUGGUGUUUCCCUGUCUCCAGUAUUCAUUCCUAUAGCAAAGGUGAUGAGUGUAAUGCUUCAAUAUUUCCCCAAGACCACCUUUUUGUUUGUGUAUUGUUCUUCGUUAGUUGCCUGGGUGAUUUUCAAAUGAAUAUUUAUUUUAGCUCUACUCUUAAAAUUCUUCUUUUAUGUAUUUGUAUGUAAUGUAUAUCAUUUUAGUUACCUUUAGAGAAUGGAUUGAUACUGUAUAGUACAAAAAUGAAGAAAAGUCAGUUAAAUUAGUGCCUUCUAUGUUUAAUGUCCAUUUGUCAUCCACUGAUAACUCACUUUGUGACAUUACAGUAUUAUUAAUUCAGUGGUGAGUUGUUAUUCCUAAUUGUAGCAAGAAGGGACAUUAUGAUAAAUUUAUUUUUUAUUGUUCACAAGGUCUCACAGGUCCUGUAUGUGAGAUAAGUAGACAAUAUUUCAAUGGUGCCAAAUGUUGAAACUAGAUUUAUCAUUGAUCCUUCCAGAAAUAAAUGGGAGACAGCGUGUGAGAGACCAGAUGUAAAUAAGUAUUGCAUUGCUAUGUGCUUGUGCAGGUGAAAGGACACUCUCCAGUAUUUGUACAAAAAUGUAUCUGUGUGUACAUAUGAUGAUCUUGCUGCACUAGACUUUAUAUUUUGUGUUCGUAUAUAAAUGGAAAGUAUAGACCUGUUAUU